CAUGAACAUCUCAGACGCUUACCAACACAACAACACCUCCAGGGUGGACGAGGCCAUGCGCCAUAUCGCCAUAGUGACCAACGUCAUCAUCCUUGUCUUGGGUGUGUUCGGCAACGGGCUGGUGGUGUGGGUUACCGCCAUGAGGAAGAAGCGUUACAAUUUUACUUCGACCUGCUAUCUCAACCUGGCUGUGGCAGACUGUCUCUUCUCCCUAGGCCGCAUCCCCGCCCUGGUACAGGAGGUCAUGUACGGUCACUGGCCCUUUGGUGAUCCCUUGUGCAAACUCCAUACCUUUGCACGCUACCUCACAGUCUUCGCCGGAGUCUUCAUCCUCACUCUUAUCAGUGUAGACCGCUGCUUGCUGGUGGCACAACCCGUCUGGGCCCGGAACCACCGAGGGCCUCGCUUCCAGGCCCUAUUGUGUACUGGGGCUUGGAUUGCAGCUUCAGCCUUCAGUUUCCCCUAUCUGGUGGUCCGGGAAGUUACCCUCAAAGAUGGAGCAAUGUCCUGUGUAUAUCGGAGAGAUCUCAAGAUCUCCACAGAGCUGCCCCUGAGGCUAAGCAGGUUCUUUGGGGGCUUCCUGGUACCUUUUGUCAUUAUUCUCUCAGCCUACCUGGUUCUGAUCUUCAAGCUUCGCAACCGACGCUGGGAAGGGUCGCACCGAACCUUCGGUCUGGUGGCUGCCAUUGUAGCGGUGUUUUUCAUCUGUUGGCUUCCUCAUCAUGUCGUAGCGCUUGUCAGCACCGUGGGGGGUUCCAAGGAAUCCUGGGGCAUCGCCCUCAAGCUUUCAAAUGCUCUGGCCUACCUCCACAGCUGUAUCAACCCUGUGAUCUAUGUCUUGGUGGGUUAUGUCCGGAGCCAAAGACUCCACCGCCGAGCCUCUUUCCUUGGGCUGUUCCGGAAGGCUCUAACAGAAGAGGAUGAAAAUUCCACGGGGGCUGAGGUGUCACGGAGCCUUAAUCAGAAGGCCUAAGGUGCAGUUAGACACUCACAUUCUAGUCUCACUGG